AUGAAAGCAAGUGACGCUGCUAAAAUCGAAAGUGGAGCACCUUCUGUAGAUUUUACAUUUGGUAAUCAAUCAGGACACUAUGCAUUUGUACCUAAUUCAAAGAUAAUAGAAAAAGGAAAUGUUGGAUAUCUUGCUCUACGAACAUCAUUCAAUAUUACAGUUAAUGAAUCUUUUUGUUUAAAUUUUGAAUAUUAUGGAUAUGGUCGCUCGUAUGUAGCCAAUUUGAAAGUAUAUGCAUGGAUGUCAGAUUCGUCUGAGACUAUACAAAAACUAUGGCCACCAACUUAUAGAGAAUAUAUAUAUACAAGUAAUAGUUGGACUUGGAGUAUUAUGAAUUUACCUGUUGGUUAUUAUUCACUAUUGUUUCGUGUGGAUAGUACUGAUACUAUUGCAUAUUCAUUUGCUCUCGAUAACAUUUCCGUAACAUCGUGUGAUUAUCCUCCUUCAACAUUUACUGCCGAUGGUGCACUCCUUUCUUUUUCAUGUAAUUUUGACAAUUUGACAAUGUGUGAUAUGAAGAAUGAAGAUCGAUACAGUAAUCCCCCUAAAUAUAAUUUCACUGUUGUCACUGGUGAUACUAUUCCUGAUCGAGAAUUAGGUCCAAUACGAGAUCAUACGAGUAAUUCAACAACAGGUGGUUUUAUCUAUUGGAAUCGACAUUUACCUUUUCAGAGUGGAGAUUCUGGAAGUGUUCAUCCUUCGAAAGUCGUAGAAGCAAAUUUAGGUAUGUGUGUUCGAUUUGCUUAUUAUGUUAAGUCAUCAGUAGAAAACAAAAAUGGAACUACAGUGAGUUUAUGGACAGGUGGAUGUGAUAGUUCAAGUUUAUGGACUCAGUCUUUGGAUGAUAGUCAUGGAUGGAAGGUAGUCAUUGCACCUGUACCAAACAUUGUCUGCCAAGUGACGCUUUAUUUCAUUACAUAUCAACAUCUAACAAUACCAGUCGCAGUUGCAUUUGAUGAUAUUGAUAUAGGACCAUGUGAUACUCUCUAUCCAACUACUACAACUAGUUCGACAUCAACAACAACAAGAACUACUAUUACUAGCACUACUACUGAGGUCAUAACAACUAGUAGUAGUUCGACAGAAACAACAACAGUAUUGACAUCGUCGACAACAUCAACCAUAUAUACAACAACACCAACACAAAGUAAUGCUCGACGAUUAUUAUCUUUGAAUAAAUUUAAUUUGAUCGCAAUUUGUUUUCUAUUAAAAGUAUUGCGAGAAAUUUUUUAA